AUGGAUAUACCCAAUAUUAUAAUUAACUCUCAUUCCAAAGAAAAACAAUUCAAAUUAAUUCUCGAUACUGGAAGUAAUGUUAGUUUAAUAAAUAAGAGGUUGAUUUCAAAUGAGAUGAAGAAUCACGUUCACAAAACUAAAGCCAAGAUUAAAUUCCCUUUACUAGAGGUCAAAGAAGAGUUUGUUGAACAAAUCAAUAUACAAGUUAAUAAUGAAAUUUAUACCUUCUUUAUUAUAGAGUUGGAUAUCAUUGAUGUACUUUUCGGUAAUGAUAUCCUUAAGGACUCUAUCAUUAACCAAAAAGAUAAAAUUAUCAAGUUGAAUAAUAGUACAUACAAAAUUAAUUAUCAACAGUCGAAUCAAUUAUAUUGUAAUGUAAAAGCUCCAAGAAAACACGUUACCGUAUCCAAUGAUAAUCAGUCACAAUCACACAAUCUAUUAGAUGAUGACAAAGAUAUCAAAGAACAAGUUACAAAGUUUGUUGAAAGCAUUCCUUCACAGCUUUGUGAUAUACUGGCUAAAACUAAUCCAGAAGAAGAAGAGAUACAAGCAGUACAUGAUUUCAUUAAUGAUUCUUUCGAAGAUGUUAUAGUAGAUAAACUUCCUGAUAUUCCAGAUCAGAUUAACAAUUCUAUAAGAGGUAAUAUCAUACAUAAUAUCAUACAUAAUAUCAUA